GGAGGCGACGAACUGUCCAUGGAGAAGCAAUGAAAGGUUAUUCUUUAGUAACAGGGUUGAGUGCCAACAUGCAGAGUCUGGUGGUGCAGGUACUGGCUAUGAGGCAGCUGGGCAGGCUGAGCCCUCGCCACCUGCUGGCUGCUGGAUACACGCUGAGACAGACGGAAUGGUGUCCCAGGACCAUCCACACACGGCAGCUGUGGGGCUGCUCUUUCUCUCCCGGACACGGCGGUCACAGGCCGGCUAUCCGCGGCAGAGACGCUGCCAGGAGCUGGUCCGUUCAGCAGCUUCGCUUUAAAAGCAACAAGAAGAAAAGUCCUUCAACUGCGGUGCAGGAGGAGGAUGAAGAUGAGGAGAAAGAUGACCCAGAGGACAGUGAUUAUGAAGAAGUAGACCCAAAUGUACCUAAGGAUUAUAAGGAUAUCGAGAAGCAUGUGCAAUCUUUCCGUUCUGAUGUCAUCCUAAAGGCUGGCCUGGAUAUAUCACGCAACAAAAUUGAAGAUGCCUUCUACAGCAACAAGCUCAGACUAAACGGACAACAGCUCAUCAAGAAAAGCAAAGCGGUCAAACCUGGGGAUACGUUGGACCUAGUACUAUCACAGAACCAAGAGACCAACACCGUUACACUGAUGAGAGUCAUGCUCCGAAGGGUUUUGGGUGAAUCAAGUAAUGCUGAAAAAUACAAAGUUUCCAUAAGGCGCUGGAAAAACCUUGAGCUGGCCAAGGAGGAGGUUUUUAAACCAUGAACUUUCAUCGCAUCGCACUACUGAUCAGUGAGGUCAACAGUAUAGACACGAGUGCUGGAAUGGUCGUUAAUACGCUGGACUGAGAGUGGAUUACGAAGCCUUAAUGGUGUUAGUUCAAUUGAGAUGAUGAAGUUGAACUUGGAGAAAUAUUUUUCAUGUUAUGUCCAUUUUGUGAAAUUGUCCAAAUAAAAGUGCGCUCAGAAGUUGUGAAAUGUGAAUAGGAUGUCCUCAU